UGAAGUAGCUAGCUACUACUCGCGCAGCCAGAUUGAAGCAGGUGUACAACAUGGCGAUCACAGGCAACGGAUCUCUCGCUACUCUUCUCUUUUUGUUCAUGAUUCCAGCAGCUCUUCACAAAGGAGCUGCUCAGUACCCAGUCCAGAGUCAGAACCUGGUGACAGACAAUGUGGAGGUGGUGGAGGGUGACGUGGCCGUCAUCAGCUGCAGGGUGAAGAACAACGACGACUCUGUCAUCCAGCUCCUCAACCCCAACAGACAGACCAUCUACUUCAGAGACGUCCGACCCCUGAAAGAUGCUCGCUUCCAGCUGGUCAACUUCUCGGACAAUGAGCUGCGGGUGUCUCUAUCCAAUGUGAGCCUGUCGGAUGAGGGGAGAUACGUGUGCCAGCUCUACACGGACCCCCCACAGGAGGCCUAUGCAGACAUCACUGUGCUGAUCCCUCCAGGCAACCCAAUCAUCGAGUCCCGGGAGGGGCAGGUGAUUGAGGGCAACGAGACAGAGAUGACCUGCACCGCUAUGGGCAGCAAGCCCGCCGCCACAAUCAGAUGGAUGAAGGGAGACAAAGAGCUCCAAGGCAUAUCCAAGGUGGAGGAGACAUAUGACCACAUGUUUACGGUGACCAGCCAGCUGAGGUUCAUCGUCACUAAGGAGGACGACGGCGUGCCCGUGGUGUGCAUCGUGGACCACCCAGCCGUCAAAGACUUCCAAGCCCUGACGUACCUGGUGGUACAUUAUAAACCGGAGGUGAAGAUCAUAGUUGAGUUUCCUGAUGGGCUGCCAAGGGAGGGACAGAACAUGGAGCUGUCAUGCCAGGCCAAAGGCAAACCCCAUCCUCAGCAGAUCAACUGGGUGAAGGUGGAUGAUGACCUGCCCUCACACGCCCUCAUCACCGGCCCGGACCUGUACAUCGAGAACCUCAACAAGACCUACAACGGCACCUACCGCUGCUUCGCUGCCAACUCAGUGGGCGAGUCGUAUGACGACUACAUCCUCUACGUCUACGAUUCCAGGGCUGGAGAGGGAGCACCGAGAGCGGUCGACCAUGCGGUCAUCGGAGGAGUGGUGGCUGUGGUUGUCUUUGCCAUGCUCUGUCUACUCAUCAUUUUGGGACGGUACUUUGCAAGACACAAAGGUACCUACUUCACGCAUGAAGCUAAAGGAGCCGACGAUGCAGCAGAUGCAGACACGGCCAUUAUCAACGCAGAGGGGGGCCACAACAAUUCGGACGAGAAAAAGGAGUACUACAUAUAGAAAUCACAGGGUCCAAAUACUGUCCCCUGUGGGACACCAUACUGUCUUUGGGUGAGGGGUGCUUGGGGUUUAAGUAUGGUUGGGUAGGGGGGGUAGGAUGGGUUGGUUUUAGUGGUGAUUGCCAGGGAUUGAACAAUGUAUAGUCCAGUCUGUGCAGCUGAAGAGGAACAGUUUUGUGUGUAUAAGGUGGAAAGAUAGGGAAGGGAGAGUAGGUUUUUG